AUGGGGCAAGGACCCCGCUGGGCCUCUCUCCAGGAGGGCACCUGGGCUCCGGUCAUCUCGAAAGAGACCCCUCCUAGAAAGGCCACUUGGAGUGGGCAACGCACGGCCGUCGUGGAGGACUGCCCGUCACUUGCAGAUGAACCUGGACCGGCCUGGAACCCAGGAGGCGGGAAGGAGGCUCAGGAACCCCCCAGAGCCAAGAGCGCAGCCCCAGAAGCCAGUGGGCACCGGGGACGCGUGCUGCCCCUAACACUGGCACAUCUGAGACAGGGUGGUGACGACGUCACCUCGAGCCCGCCGGGAGGGACACGGGUGCGGGCAGAGCAGGGUGGCUGGGACGUAGCCCCGGGAAGCGGCGCUAAGGACGUGACCGUCGGGACCGGCCCCCAGGGCAGCAGAUGCCCGAGGGCCGGGAGGGCCCGAUUGCGGGGGGCGAGGACCCUGCCCACACCCCUCUUGGGGAAGCUGGCAGCCCCUCAGCUGGAGAACGUCCCGGCCCAGCAGCCCCCAGGCCGCACCCCGGCGGGCACCAGCUGCACUCGGGAGGGCCCUGGGCCUCCCCGGGCCGACCCCAGGCCCGCCCCGCGGCUGAGACCCGCCUUCCGGUUGGAACAUUUAGACCCGUCGGUUCUCCUGCGGCCUCAGAUCACCCACAACAGAGGCACGGCCGUGAGCGGCCAAGGCAGCCCCAGAAGCAGCCCCGACUUGUCUUCAGGACCUUCAGCCAAGAGUCGGGGUCGACACUCAGACCCUUCUCCGGAAGUGACCUCCAGCACGAGCCGCUCAGUCAGCUCUGGAUUCUUCAGGAAAAUGCCCCCCAAAGCAGCUCUCUCCUUUUCCAGUCGCAAAUGUUCCGGCCUCCAUUCCCUGGUCUUCGAGGCCCAAAGCAGGUGUCCCCAGACCACACGACAGGACGCUGUCUCAGCCGCUGCCGCCACCCUCGACCCCGACGGCAAGGGCAGCGCUGGGCACGUCGGGAAGAUCUAG